GGCAGCCUGGUAGGGCGAGCACCAGACCCACAGCAAGCACCAGCCCGAGUGUCGACUGUCCUCUCAUUGUGACGCAAAAAAAGGAGAGAAGGAGAGAAGGAGAGAAGGAACUGGAGAAUGAGAGCUGUGGUGAACGAGGGGGAGGGAGGGUUUCUGUCCCUGAACAAUCCUUUUAUUUGAACGCCAGGUGUUUCUGGGCAAUUGUGUGACACGAACAAGGAGAGAAAAUAGAACAGGCGCUUGAUCGUGUCUAGAUCUCUGCGGCCGUGGAAUGAUGAGUGGAACGAAUGAAUGGGUGAAUGAAUGAAAGCAAAAGGCAAAGGAAUCGCAACGCAGCAGCAGGAAAAGAAAAAAAAAAGAAAAAAAAGAGAAAGAAGAGGCAAGAGGGAGGCGGAAAUAAGGGACGACAGCGGUGCACCGGCUUUCUUUCUCAUCUGGUUUUCUUGUUGUUUCUUGUUUCCGUUCGUUAUUUGGUCUCAGUGCUGGUAGAUGACCUAGUUACGCCCAAUGAACUGCUCCUUAAAAUUAAAAUAGCUGUAAUAACUGGCCCCCACACGGGACCUGAAGGCUCUUUGCCGGCCUCCACCAUGAGGAAUGGAAGCCGCAUCGAAUGUCCAUACGCAUCCAUCCCAACGGUCCCAGACAUAAUCACACAUUUGAAUUAUCACGUAGAAAGCAGGGUACACCCAUUCCAUUCCGCACCCCCUGUCUUGCCAGGUGGACAAGGUUCAAUUCAAUUCAAGACCAGCCCGCCUUGGCCCAAUCUCGAUGGAUACCACACUCGCUGGGCAAAAAUGUCGUCAACACGCAUCUUGCACAUUCUCCCCAAGUAGCUCUUAGCCCCAUUAGCCUGAGACCGUUACGUAUGCUUUCUCUCCCGCAGAACUAUAAAGCAAAAGA